AUGCGAGGUAUAGUAUGUGCCGUCGCUGUGGGCCGACUACGUAGCACCAGCACCUCUUCACCGUCGAAAAAAAGCCAGAAGCAAGCCCAAAAAGGCGACAAUGCUCUCAUUCUCGACCCCUGUGAAGACGAGCUAUCGUCCCUAGAUGGCAGUGGUUGUUUUGCCUUUCUAUUCGCCACAGGACUAUCAGCGUCUUCCGAGGAUCAUUCAUUAGAUACCCCAGGCUGUGACCUCGUAUGGAAUAAUUGGCAGUCAUUAACUACAUUUGACGAACCUGAGCUCAUGCGCGCCACUGAGCUUGCAAAAGCCGGCGCGAAAGAGGUGUGGAGAAGGAUAAAAGAGAGUGUGCAACGGAUGGGCAUGCCUUCGUCCAAGGAGCUUGAUGAGUGGAAGGAUAGCAAGUUUCAGACAGCAAGUGCUGAAAAGCAGGUGCAUAAUAUGGACGAGGACGAGAGCGAGAGCGAUGACGAUGAAGAUGAUGUGAAGAUGGAAAUCUGA